AUGAUAUCCAAUCUUCCAAGGGAUAUGGCGGAGGAGGUGCUUUCUAGGCUUCCGGUGACAUCUCUGAGAGGAGUGAGAUCUACAUGCAAAAAUUGGAACCGUCUAUCCACAAAUCGGAGCUUUACAAUGAAGCACAUCGGUAAAGCCAAAGCAGCAGCAAAGAAUUAUCACAGGAAAGAGUUUCAGGUGGUCAUGAUGAUCCAAUAUAGGGUUUGUUUAUUCAGCGUCAAUCUCCUCAACCCAUCUAUAGAGCGUAUAGGUAAACUUGUUAGCCUAGACGAUGUUGCAGAUCGUGUAGAGAUAUCUAAAACCUUUCACUGCGACGGUUUACUGUUAUGCAUCACCAAAGACAGCUCUAGUCUUGUUGUUUGGAACCCUUGUUCGGGGCAAACCAGCUGGAUCAAACCCAUGAAUUCUUACCACAAAUUGUUCGACCGGUACGCUCUAGGAUGCGAAAGGAAGGACAAGUUUCGUAGCUACAAAGUCUUGAGAUUUCUUGAUGAUUACGACUCAAGAGUGAAGGGCCGAUUUCGUGAGUUUGAAAUCUAUGAUUUAAACUCUGAUUCAUGGAAGGUUGUUGAUGUCAAUCCCGACUGGGAUAUAGAGUAUCAUCAGCGUGGUGUGUCUCUCAUGGGGAACACUUACUGGUUUGCUUACGAGAAGCUUCCAACUGCAGUACAAGGACAAGUGCGAGUGAUAUCAGAUAUCCCUGAUUUCUUA